AUGGUGGGUGUCGACCGCAGCAGGAUACUGGAACAGGCGUACAGACCGAGGCUGCACCAGAUCCUGCAGGCUCUGCACCAGAAGCUGGCCGCUCCAGCCGGGCCGGAAAGCCUGCUGGGCGCCGACAGGCCCAGCUCCUACAGGACCGGGCCACAGGCCUCCACCCACAGGGAGCUCCUCCGCAUCUGCAGCGACCCCUACCGGCUGGCCCAGCAGCUGACUCACGUGGAGCUGGUGAGAAGGCGACACAUGGGGCCUGAGGAGUUGGUCCGGGCUUUUGUAAACAAGGACCCUCUGGCCCGCACAAAGCCCUGUUUCGAUGAGAAGACCAAGAACCGGGAGGCUUACGUGAGAUCGUUCAACAGAUUGUGCUUCCUUGUGGCCACUGAGGUCUGCAUGCUGCCCAGGAAGAAGCGGAGGGCCCAGGUGAUGGAGUUCUUCAUCGACGUGGCCCGCGAGCGCUUCAACAUCGGCAACUUCAACUCCCUCGUGGCCGUCGUCUCUGGCAUGAACAUGAGCCCCGUGUCCAGGCUGAAGAAGACCCGGGCCAAAGUGGAGACAGCCAAGCUGUUCAUCCUGGAGCACCAGAUGGAUCCAACCGGGAAUUUCUGCAACUACGGGACAGCCCUGCGAGGGGCCGCCCACUGCUCCCUGACCGCCCACAGCAGCCAGGAGAAGAUCGUCAUUCCCUUCUUCAGCCUGCUCGUCAAAGACAUCCACUUCCUCCACGAGGGCUGCGCCAGCCGCCUCCCCAAUGGACACGUCAACUUUGAGAAAUUUCUGGAGCUGGCCAAGCAUGUUGGAGAGUUCAUCACAUGGAAACAAGUGGAGUGUCCCUUCGAGCAAGACCCCAGCAUCACCCUCUACCUGUGCACUGCCCCCAUCUUCAGGGAGGACGGUCUUUAUUUGGCUUCUUAUGAAAGUGAGAGCCCAGAGAACCACACAGAGAAAGAGAGAUGGAAAUCACUAAGGUCUUCUAUUUUGGGGAAGACGUGA